AUGUGGAAAUGGACUUGCCUGGUUUCUCACCUCCUGCUAUCCACCACAGUGUCACCUCUUGGUAGGCAGCAACCACUCCAUCCAAAGAGGCCCUUCAUCACUUUUACUUCAGACCAAGAGGGAAACUUCAACCAUUUGGUAGUUGACGAAAGAACUGGGCACAUUUACUUGGGAGCUGUCAACAGGAUCUACAAACUCUCCAGUGACCUGAAGGUCUUGGUGACCCAUCAGACUGGUCCUGAUGAAGAUAAUCCCAAGUGUUAUCCCCCCAGGAUAGUCCAAACUUGCAACGAACCCCUGACACCCACUAACAACAUUAACAAAAUGCUCCUCAUAGACUACAAGGAGAAUCGAUUGAUAGCCUGCGGGAGUCUUUACCAGGGCAUCUGCAAGCUUUUGAGGCUGGAUGACCUCUUCAAACUGGGAGAGCCCUUCCACAAGAAGGAGCAUUACCUCUCUGGGGUGAAUGAGAGUGGCUCUGUUUUUGGAGUCAUUGUUUCUUACAGCAACAUGGAUGACAAGUUGUUCAUUGCCACUGCUGUGGAUGGCAAACCUGAGUAUUUCCCCACCAUUUCCAGCAGGAAGCUCACCAAGAACUCCGAGGCAGAUGGGAUGUUUGCAUAUGUCUUUCAUGAUGAGUUUGUGGCCUCUAUGAUCAAGAUCCCCUCAGACACCUUCACCAUUAUCCCUGACUUUGAUAUCUACUACAUCUAUGGCUUCAGCAGUGGUAACUUUGUCUACUUCCUGACUCUACAGCCUGAGAUGAUCUCACCACCGGGGUCCACCACGAAGGAGCAGGUUUAUACCUCCAAGCUGGUCCGGCUUUGUAAGGAGGACACAGCCUUUAACUCCUAUGUUGAGGUGCCCAUUGGCUGUGAGAAGAACGGGGUGGAGUACCGGUUGCUCCAGGCAGCUUACUUGUCUAAGGCUGGAGCUAUCUUAGCAAGGUCUUUGAGUGUUGGCCCUGAGGAUGAUAUCCUCUUCACAGUCUUCUCCAAGGGGCAGAAAAGGAAGAUGAAGUCCUUGGAUGAGUCUGCUCUUUGCAUCUUUGUCCUGAAAAAGAUCAACGACCGCAUCAAGGACAGGCUGCAGUCCUGCUACAGGGGAGAGGGGACGUUAGAUCUGGCCUGGCUCAAAGUCAAGGACAUUCCCUGUAGCAGUGCGCUGUUAACAAUUGAUGACAAUUUCUGUGGCCUGGAUAUGAAUGCCCCCUUGGGAGUAUCAUCCAUGGUGCGAGGGCUCCCUAUUUUCACUGAGGAUGGAGACAGAAUGACAUCUGUGAUUGCUUACGUCUACAAGAACCACUCCCUGGCGUUUGUGGGCACCAAGAGUGGGAAGCUCAAGAAG